AAAUGUACUCAGCACCCUGCUAAGGAGGCCGGAGACCCCAUCACGGCCAUGGCAGUCCUGAAGGAGGAGCUGUUUCCUCCAUUUCCUGUGGGUCUCAGGUUGGUUAUGAACAUGUAACCCCAGAGCCCAGCUGCUGUAGCCUGGACUGGGACCCCCUUCUAUCCCCUCCCCAGCUGUCCUGUUCUGGUCUCCAGCACCCACAAACCACCACCCCCCACUUAACUUCUCAGGAAGCCUUGGAGCUGGAGGGAGAGGCCUGGCUGCACCCCCAGCUGGGACUGCCCAGAGGCACUUGUCCCUGCCCGUGAAAGCCUCCCUUGUCACAGCUGAAACCUUCCCUCUGCCUCAGGGGCCCCUGGAAUGUGGCUGUGGGGCGGGGUCUGGGCCCACACAGGUGGGGCAGGUGACUGUCAGGUCUCAGGCCUGAGUGUCAGGAAUGAAGCCUGUCUUUGUGUGUACACACUGCAGGGUGGGGCUGGACUGGGGACACUUUUCUGUCUCAGCCUGGAGACCUGGGAUAGGAGAGAGAGGGGAGUGGGGAAGUUGGGGGGAGUGCCUUUACAACCUGCUGGUCAUCGCGGCCACUUCAGUCUGUUGAGCAUUUCCUGCGAGUCAUCUUGCUCCAUCUGAGAGUCAGGCUGGGCUGGAGUUAUUCCCAUUUUCCUGAUUGGUAGACUAAGGCAUUACCCAAAGCCGCACACCUGGUAAAUGGGAAAAGAGGGGUUUAAAGGUAAGUCUCUGGGCUCCAGGUCACACCCCCUGUCCCUGGCAUUUCCCUGGGGAACAGGAGAGGUGUGGGAGGGUUCUACAGUUGUUGGAGACUUCCUUCUCCUUGUGCCCUCAAAUGCUCACUAUGGCCCUGAGGGAAGUCUGUGUUAAUGGCCCAAGUUUAAAUCAGGAACCGGGCUCAGAGAGGUUGAGUUUCUUUUCACUGGGCUGCACUGCCUCAUUCCAAGGAGAAAAGGCCGGCUCCACAGAUGGCCCCAUCUGGCUGCAGUGGGCAAAGGUCAGAAACUGGCACAGCAUCCUGGGCAGGCUGCCUGGGUCAGGGCCCGGGGCUACAGCCUGGACUGGGGCCAGACAGAGCUUUAUCUUCACAAGGCCAUCCCACCUGGUGCUAAUGAGGAGGCUCCGGGCCCCACCCAGAUCUGGAGCUCACAGUAGCGGUUUGGACUGAAACCAGGGAUUUGUGCAUGGGGCAGCGAGGGGGGCAGCUGCCGCCCCUGGCCUGGGCCUGUGAGUGUAGAGAAAGCCACCUCGAGGGGCUGCUGGAGGAGAGUCAGGUGCAGAGGGGGAUCUGGCUGGGGUCCAGCCCUUCCUCACUCUGGGGUGAAGGGCGAGUAAUUGUUCUUGUGUUAAUUGCUGGGGCCACAAUGUCUGCAGAGGCUUUUAAUGAGCUCUGGAUGAUCUGAGUUUGAUUAUUUUUCUUUCGGAGGAAAAGACAAUACCCUCCCACCCAUGAGACAAUACCACACUGUCUGUGCCCAGCAUUGGAGGCCAGGCUCGCUGCGAAGCUGGGUAAGAAGGAACCCACCCCCAGCCUUGCUGGCUGGCAGUUCCCCUUGCCAGCCCAGCUCAGACGCAGGAAUUUGGGGUCUGCAGGAAGGACUCUUUCCCUGUGCCCUGUUUGGUUGAGGGUAUGAGGACCUGUUUGAGUCCUGGCUUUGCCCCUUACCAGUGGUGCCACCCGGCACAAGUUGCUUCACCUCUCCAAGUUUCAAUUUCAUUCUUUCUGAAUCUUGGGCGGCGGUCACCCUCUGUUGUGAGGAUGAGAAGAGGCGAUGGAUGCAAAAGUGCUUUGUAAAUCACAAAGUGCAGGGUAGAAGUAAAGGAUUAUGCUAUUACAGCAAAAUAAGAAACUAAGAACAACCUGCAUUGCCCCAUAGGCGCUGGCUACGGAAGAUCGAUGCCAUUGAGCCUCAGAACAUGCUCAGGCUCACAGGGCAUGUUCUGAUGCCCAGCAACAAAGCCCCUCCUGGUGAGGGCACUCAGGCCCAGGUGCUGGUCAUGCACCCUGGCCCCUGCAUGUCUGGCACCUGGGUGGGGAUCCAGGAGGGGGCAGGAUGGGGGCUCUUGGGCUGCAGGGCUUCCCUGGAAGUGAGAGUUGAGAGUGCCCCUUGCCACAGGGAAACAGAGACUUAAAAAGGUAAAUGUCCACAGUCUUACCAUGGUAAUUGGUAGGGCCAGGAUUUGAACCUAGGCCUCACAGUCUUAUCAUGAUAAUUGAUAAAGCCAGGGUUUAAACCCGGGCCUGAGGGACUCCAGAGCCCUGUCCACUUCACCAUGCUGCAACCUGGGCUAGGAAUCCUCUUCCUGUGUUUCUGUAAGCCCUGGGGCUAGGUCCAGGGGCCUGAGCCACACCUCCAAGUGGCACUGCCCACAGGUGUCAGGUGUCCCUGAGCUGGUGCCAGAGAAAAGGGCUCUCCUGAGUGUUCAACUCCCCAUCUGUGUGAAGUGAUGCCUUGGUCUUCAAGAUCUCCGAUGUCUUCCAGCCUGCCUGCCAGUCUCCCGUCUCUUCCCUUCCACAGCACUCAGGCACAUAGAGCCUUCUGCAGUGCUGCAGUGGCCCCUCCCCAGCCAGCACUUGACAGGACAGAUGGGGGCUAAUCUGGUCCUGCUAAGCAGCGACAUGCCUCUCCUGGAGAAGGCAGGGGCUUCCUGGAACUUGCCCCGGCCUUAUCAGCGGAGGUUUGCCCCAACACAUCCCAGAAGCGAGCAAAGGUUCAGCACCGUGCAGUUGGCAGGUGUCGGGAUCAUCAGUCAUCCCCUUGUCGGCCCCGAGCCUGCUGGGCUUUUGUGAAGGUGCCAGGGACACAGGCUGGAGGAUGGCAGGAGGGGAGUAGAGGUGGGAGGAGGGUAGUCCAUCUGCAGCACCAGGGAAGGGAUGGAUGCUGGCUCCUCUGGUCACCUCAGCUGGAACACUACUCAAGGUCCCUGGCUCCUGUCCUCCACCUGCCCCCAGGGGCCCUUCAUUGCCAUCCCCAGGGCCUCCACUCUCCCUGAGCCCUGCAGUCUCUCACUCACUCACUCACUCACUCACUCACUCACUCACUCACUCACAGGGUUUUGAGUUGGAUAACACAGUGUAAUGAUCAGGAAGUGGACUCCCAAACUGAGAACACGGAGCUGUCCUCUUGGGGAGAGGCUCAGGGCUCAGGGAAGUGGAGAAGUCCCGCUGAGGGCACAGUUGGCCUGAGCUGCUCUCUGUACAGGCAGAGGCCUUGGUAGCCGUGCUGUGAUGAGAGUUUGCUCCCUGCUGCUCUCUUCUGGCAUGGAGAGAUGAACCUGUAAUCCAAGUGUUAAAACCGUGCCCCGGGGAAAAACACUAUUAAUUCUGAAUCAUCUCUUUUGUUGCAUUAAAAAAAAAAAUAGAAGAGAAAAACUUCACAUGAGCCACUCAAGGUGUGCAGGCAGCUGUGUUUGUCAGGAAGGCAGAAGGAGUUGGCUUUGCUUUGGGGGAGGAGACAAGGUCCCAUAACACCCUCUGAGGGGUAUAUAAGGAGCCCCAGAGUGCAGCCUGGCCUGGUACCUCCUGCCAGCGUCUCUUGGGUUUGCUGAGAACUCAGGGGCUCCGGCUACCUGGCCAUGACCACCACAUUUCUGCAAACUUCUUCCUCCACCUUUGGGGGUGGCUCUACCCGAGGGGGUUCCCUUCUGGCUGGGGGAGGUGGCUUUGGUGGGGGGCGUCUCUGUGGGGGAGGUGGAAGCCGAAGUAUCUCAGCUUCUUCUGCUAGGUUUGUCUCUUCAGGGUCAGGAGGAGGAUAUGGGGGUGGCAUGAGGGUCUGUGGCUUUGGUGGAGGGGCUGGUAGUGUUUUUGGUGGAGGCGUUGGAGGGGGCAUUGGUGGGGGUUUUGGUGGUGGCUUUGGUGGUGGCGAUGGUGGUCUCCUCUCUGGCAAUGAGAAAAUUACCAUGCAGAACCUCAAUGACCGCCUGGCCUCCUACCUGGACAAGGUACGUGCCCUGGAGGAGGCCAAUGCUGACCUGGAGGUGAAGAUCCGUGACUGGUACCAGAAGCAGGCCCCGACCAGCCCGGAACGCGACUACAGCCAAUACUUCAAGACCAUUGAAGAGCUCCGGGACAAGAUCAUGGCCACCACCAUUGACAACUCCCGGGUCAUCCUGGAGAUCGACAAUGCCAGGCUGGCUGCGGACGACUUCAGGCUCAAGUAUGAGAAUGAGCUGACCCUGCGCCAGGGCGUCGAGGCUGACAUCAACAGCCUGCGCCGAGUCCUGGAUGAGCUGACCCUGGCCAGGACUGACCUGGAGAUGCAGAUCGAGGGCCUGAAUGAAGAGCUGGCUUACCUGAAGAAGAACCACGAGGAGGAGAUGAAGGAGUUUGGCAGCCAGCUGGCCGGCCAGGUCAACGUGGAGAUGGACGCAGCACCGGGUGUGGACCUGACCCGCGUGCUGGCAGAGAUGAGGGAGCAGUAUGAGGCCAUGGCGGAGAAGAACCGCCGGGAUGUGGAGGCCUGGUUCUUCAGCAAGACUGAGGAGCUGAACAAAGAGGUGGCCUCCAACACAGAAAUGAUCCAGACCAGCAAGACGGAGAUCACAGACCUGAGACGCACCAUGCAGGAGCUGGAGAUCGAGCUGCAGUCCCAGCUCAGCAUGAAAGCUGGGCUGGAGAACUCACUGGCCGAGACAGAGUGCCGCUAUGCCACGCAGCUGCAGCAGAUCCAGGGGCUCAUCGGUGGCCUUGAGGCCCAGCUGAGUGAGCUCCGAUGCGAGAUGGAGGCUCAGAACCAGGAGUACAAGAUGCUGCUUGACAUAAAGACGCGGCUGGAGCAGGAGAUCGCCACCUACCGCAGCCUGCUCGAGGGCCAGGAUGCCAAGAUGGCUGGCAUUGGCAUCAGGGAAGCCUCUUCGGGAGGUGGCAGUAGCAGCAGCAAUUUCCGCAUCAACAUAGAGGAGUCAGUGGAUGGAAAGGUGGUUUCUUCCCGCAAGAGAGAAAUCUAAGUGUCCAUUGCAGGAGAAACGUCCCUCGCCACUCCCCACUCUCAUCCGGCCAAGUGGAGGACCGGCCAGAGGGCCUGCACACGCGAACUCCAGUCCCCGCCUUCAGAGAGCUGAAAAGGGCCCCUCGGUCUUUUAUUUCAGGGCUUUGCAUGCGCUCUGUUCCCCGUCUGCCUCUCCCCACCUUCUUUAGAGCAAGGAGGUGCAGCUGUAUUGUGUAACAAGCUCAUUUGUGCAGUGUCUGUUCAUGCAAUAAAGAAUUACUUUUCCUUUUGCAAAUA